AUGGCCAAUUAUGGACAAGCAGAUAUCCUUUGUAAGAUUACCGAUCUUAUUUUGGAAGAAUGGGUUGCAGAAACUAGCUGGAAACAGCUAGGUUUUGUGAGUCCGGAUGAUAUAUUAGAGAGUAAUUACGACGAGCUGCACCCGAGAGAUCAGAUCAUACAUGACAGGAUUUUCUCGGCGCAUAUGCUGCAACAUUUACAUAACUUUACAGUACUCAAGCUGCAGCUUCCUGCAAUGGAUAAUAUUACAACAGGAAUUGCAAGUAUCGAGGCAGACCGUAACAAAACGAUACCCUUGUGGUUUACGUUGGCCUAUCAAAUACUUUUGGAUAUUCGCCACGUCCUUGGGAACAGAGGUGCGGAAGCUUUUAGUGACCUUCAAGAGUCGGGUUCUGAAAUUUCUCUUGGCGUCAAGAAGUACUUCGAUUUCUCACGAACUAUCACUGGCAAAUCUAAGACCUGGCAUACCGAUAACGAUCCUCAAAUACGAAAGUUGCCCCAGUUCAACAAGGAUUGGCUACAGCGAGAUUUUGUUGUCUUUGCCAUCAAAAAGCAUGGCAAACAGAGACCCAUGGCUUUGGAUUUCGAUAUCAUGUGUCCUCCUUAUUUUCUUCUCAAGAAUCACCCGCUACUUUGUGGAUCGCUGCAAUACUGGAUGCAUCAUUGUCACCGCCAAUGGCAAAUAAGUCUUACAAAUUGUUAUGAUUCUAUAUUAGCCUGUGCGCACCUAUACAAUGCCGCAAGACAAUCCGGCUUCUUCACACAAAAUUGGACAGAGAUGGAUCAAGUUGUCCACAUACAUGGAGCACAACGAAUCUUUAUCGGUGCAAUACCUACCACGUACCGUGAUUUCUUCACGAGAUUUCAGAUGGUGUUGGGCGCAAGUGCCGUUAACUUUGCCGGCAAAACAAGAGCCGUCAUGGACGGAAGGCGCCAACCAACGCAAUCAAACAAAAGCCUAGGAGCUAGACGCUUACGAAAGACCCUACCGAUUCACGAUGUCUUCGAAGGUCGCUACACGAGGUUAGAAAAACAAUCCGAUCUAUCCGUUCACAAAAUCGAUGCACUCAUCGCCUCCAUGAAACCCAGUCUCCAUGACCAUUUGGUCCAGCCCGCAAACACGUGGACAAGCACUCGAAAAAUCCACACCAACGACCUCCUCAUGAUGCUGCGCCUUGCGCUCUCAGAGAAUAUCCCGGAACUGCAUUUCGAUUACCUUUCUCUCCACAUCUGCUGCGCCAACUUCCUCAGUCGUCUUCGGAGUUCUUUCAUCGCGAACGCCGACAAUGAUUUUGAUAGUCUUUACCGGGCCGUGUCGAGAGAGGAUGCUUCUAGAGCUCUGGAGCUUGGUCUUAGCCAGCCUUCUUUGGCACUGAUAUUGCGGGAUAUCAUGUUGGUGGAUGAUAAGUCUUUGGCGUUGCAUCUUGUUAGUUCGAUUCUGUUGGUGCAUCCGGAUGCUUUGAAGGCUGCUGGGGGCUCUUUCAAAAAUGCCGAGCUUUGGAGUGGUGUGUUGACUUGUAGUGGUGUGAACCUUAAGGUUGCUAGUGAUAGUCUUGCGAUGUUCUUGGAUACUGGGGAUCGAUAA